UAUGAUAUCGCCUGCAUACAAGAACCAUUUCUGAACCCGGUCAAUCUAGCCAAUGCCUCCAACUUGAGGCAAUUCUGGGAUGUGAUCUACCCCACAGACCACCACAUGACCCCCGGCCGCUCCCAAACCAUAAUGCUCGUCAACAAAAGGUUAUCGAAGAACAAUUGGCAUAUAGUCCCGCUGAAAUCGCCAAACAUAAUGGCAAUAGAGCUAACAGGAGACUUUGGAAAGGUGUGCAUUUAUAAUAUAUAC